AAGGAGAAGCCACAUUCAUGUUCUUCGUGUGGAAAGAAUUUUUCACAGCUGGAAAGUUUAAAAUCCCAUCAGAAAUUACAUAACGCUGUGAGGGAUUAUGUGUGCUUUGCAUGUGGGAAGACUUUUGCUUCAGUGAAUGUUUUAAAACGGCACCAGAGGAUUCACACUGGAGAAAAACCUUACAAGUGUUCACACUGUGACAAGAGAUUUCGUUGGUCAGUAGAUCUGAAAAGACAUGAGACGUUCCACACUGGAGAGAAACCACACACGUGUGAUCAGUGCGGGAAGAGCUUCACACGCAAACAAAGUUUUAGAGUCCACAUGAGGAUCCACACGGGAGAGAAGCCGUACGCAUGUGAUCAAUGUGGAAAGAGUUUCUCAUUAAAACAAAGUUUAGAUGUUCACAUGAGAAUCCACACCGGAGAAAAGCCGUACGCAUGUGAUCAAUGCGGCAAAACAUUUCUUGAUUCAUCAGCCCUGAAGAAACACCUGACAGUUCAUACGAAAGAGAAGCCACAUUCAUGUUCUUUAUGUGGAAAGAGUUUUUCUCGGCUGGAGGGUUUAAAAUCCCAUCAGAAAUUCCAUAAUGCUGUGAGAGAUUAUGUGUGCUUUGCAUGUGGGAAGACUUUUGGUUCAGUGAAUCUUUUAAAACGGCACCAGAGGAUUCACACUGGAGAAAAACCUUACAAGUGUUCACACUGUGACAAGAGAUUUCGUUGGUCAGUAGAUCUGAAAAGACAUGAGCAGAUCCACACUGGAGAGAAACCACACACGUGUGAUCAGUGCGGGAAGAGCUUCACACGCAAACAAAGUCUUAGAGCACACAUGAGGAUCCACACGGGAGAAAAGCCACACACAUGUGAUCAAUGUGGAAAGAGUUUCUCA